CCUGGCCAGAAAGAAGAUCCGCCAUUUCCUAGGCAUAACAACUUUGACAAAAAAUUAAAAGGUUCGAAAUUUUUCAAUAGUGGAAUCACAAUUUUCAAUCCUUGCCAAACUCCUUGUAACCAUAAUAACCAUAAUCCAAAGGAUUGUUUCCUUCUUUUUUGUAUUAAUUUCUGAAAGAAUACAAUUGCCAUUUACAAAUAUAAUCCAAGCCCCCGGUUUUCACACCGGACUUAAAAAACACCUUACCAACCACCGCCGCCGGCGCCGCUGCUGCGGCCUCAGCCUCUGUCAACGAGAAACUCGGAAAUGGAAACAGCUGUUACAAGCAUGCUGCGAACUUCAGUAGAUUGGGUGUCAAGUGCUUUUGACGCUCCCUUUGCCGGGGCUGUUGUCUUUGGAGUUCAAAUUGGGGGUCAUCUGUUUGUCGAAGGUCUUCUCUUUGUGGUCAUCCUCUACCUGCUGACUCAGAAAAGUUAUGCGCCACCAAAGAAACCACUUACAGACAAUGAAAUAGAUGAAGUGUGUAAUGAUUGGACUCCCGAACCCCUUAUUCCAGCUAUAACUGAAGAAAUGCAGCGUGAACCUCCAAAACUAGAGAAUGCUGCUGGGUCACAUACAAUAAUCAAUGGCAAGGAAGUUGUGAAUUUUGCGUCAGCUAAUUAUCUGGGAUUGAUUGGUCAUGAAAAAUUACUUGAUUCUUGUACGUCAGCAUUAAAGAAAUAUGGUGUUGGUUCUUGUGGUCCUCGUGGUUUCUAUGGAACUAUUGAUGUUCACCUGGACUGUGAAUCCAGAAUUGCAAAGUUUUUGGGAACGCCGGAUUCCAUACUUUACUCAUAUGGGCUUUCCACCAUGUUUAGCGUAAUCCCAGCUUUCUGUAAAAAAGGCGAUACAAUUAUUGUGGAUGAAGGUGUCCAUUGGGGUAUCCAAAAUGGACUCCACUUGUCAAAAAGCAACAUUGAGUAUUUCAAGCACAAUGAUAUGAAUUCCCUGGAAAGCAUUUUAGAGAAAAUAACCUCUAAAAAGAAGCGGAAGAAAGGUGGACGGUACAUUGUUAUAGAAGCAGUUUAUCAGAAUUCCGGACAAGUUGCUCCUCUAAAUGAGAUUAUUAAAUUGAAGGAAAAAUACAUGUGUCCCCUUUUGAUGGACGAGAGUAACUCAUUUGGUGUGCUAGGAGAGUUUGGAAGAGGUCUCACAGAACACUGUGGGGUUCCUGUUGAGAAAAUCGAUAUCAUAACAGGUGCUAUGGGUCAUGCAUUAGCUGCAGAAGGAGGUUUCUGCACUGGAAAUUUAAGAGACAUUGAGCACCAGCGCCUAAGCAGCUCCGGCUAUGUUUUUUCUGCUUCUUUACCUCCAUACUUGGCAGCUGCUGCAAUCUCUGCCAUUGAUGUCCUUCAAGAAAAUCCAGAACUGAUCAAGAAGUUGAAGGAGAAUGUAGCCCAUUUAAGGGAAGGUUUGUCGGAUCUGCAAGAAUUUGAAAUUGUAAGCCACCCUGAUUCUCCCAUAGUUUUUCUGAAACUAGCGAAUUCCACAGGCUGUUCAGAGAAAGACAUGCAACUGCUUGGAGACAUUGUUGAUCAGCUUUUGGAGAAGCAUGACGUAUUCGUUGUGAGUUCCAAGCGGUCAACCGUUGAUAAAUGUCCACUACCUGUUGGUAUAAGAUUAUUUGUUUCUGCUGGGCAUUCAAAAUCUGAUCUAAUGAAAGUUUGUCAAGCAAUGAAGAUUGUUGUGCCAUCAGUGCUAGAGAACAAUUGCUGAAAUUUGGCAUCUGAUAAAUUAUUUGAUUUUAUCUCUGCUUGUGGAUUUGAAGCCUGAGAUAUUGAAGCAAGAUUCCUAUUGAAGGCUCCAAUUGAAUAGGCUUUAUCUUAUUUGAGGUUGCAGGAGUACAUACGUGCAUUUUAACAAGAUGUACCCCGCGAGUGAAAGGAAGCGCAUGAGGGGGGGUAAGUGAUUGGUGUCGUGACGUGGAAAGUUCUGGUGAAGUCGCAUUUUUGAAAACCUGAUAUUUUGUGAUAUUGCGCCUUGUUGCUUGAGGGUGUCGCUUAAUGUACAAUAUUGCCAUACACUUGGGUUGGCUCUUUUAGAUCUGGCUUUUCAGUGUAAUCUUGUGUUCUUACAACAAGAUGAGUCUGUAGGGAAUAGUGAGUAAUGAUUCUUGUUAGCUAAUGUGAAUUUGUUCAUACUGUAUUUCUGAUUCUUUUCUAUUGCGCUUAAAGUAUUGGACAUUA